AACUCGUAAGCAAAGUACCAACUUCUCUGGGAAAAGAAGCAGCAGGGAGAGAGAGAGAGAGAGAGAGACAGAGAGAGUCCACUCUCACCUCUCUGCGUUGACCUCGUCAUCUUUCCCGCCUCCACUCACAAGCCAUUCAAGCCUUCUUCCUCUUCACCAAAUCACGCUACUUCGCCCAGGUCUACUCCAGACUCAAGCAGGGGUUGAGUGGCUGAAAGUAACAUGGAGAAUACUCUCAAGGUGAUACUACGUGCUGUUGAACCCUCGCCCACGGAUCGAGAAAUACGGUGGCAAAUUCUUCGGGAGCUACAAGGAGCUGUUGAGUCUGUAGAAAGCUUAAGAGGUGCAACAGUGGAGCCAUUUGGAUCAUUUGUGUCAGAACUUUUUACCCGAUGGGGAGACUUGGAUGUUUCAAUUGAGUUCUCUAAAGGCUCAUGCAUUUCUUCUCAUGGGAAGAAGCACACAAAAGAUGUACUAAGAGAUGUAAUGAAGGCUAUGAGAGUGAGAGGUGGAUGGAACUUGUGUCAAUUCAUACCUCGAGCAAGAGUUCCCAUUCUGAUGGUCAAAAGCAAACUUAACGACAUCUCCUGUGAUAUUUCAGUCAAUAACCUGAAAGCCCAAAUGAAAUCGAAACUGUUGUUAUGGAUCAAUGAUAUAGACCCACGCUUUCAUGAUAUGGUUUUACUGGUGAAGGAAUGGGCAAAAGCACACAAUAUCAAUAAUUCAAAAUCUGGGACUUUCAAUUCAUACUCUCUGAGUUUGCUUGUGGUCUUCCAUUUUCAGACCUGUGCACCUGCCAUUCUACCACCUCUUCAAGACAUAUAUCGAGAAACUCUCACAGAUGAUCUUAAAGGCUUGAGAGAUGAUGCAGAAAGACGUAUUGAAAGUAGUUGUGUUGAGAACAUAAGAAGAUUUAAAGCAAGUAGAUUGAGAGCUCAGAAUAAAAGUUCUUUGUCUGAGCUUUUCAUUUCAUUCCUUCGGAAGUUCUCUGGCCUUAGUUCGAAGGCUGCGGAGUUAGGAAUUUGCACAUAUUCUGGAAAAUGGGAAGCCAUAGAAAGCAAUAUGGGAUGGUUGCCCAAAACUUAUUGUAUAUUGGUUGAAGAUCCUUUUGAUCGGCCAGAAAAUACUGCAAGAGGUGUCAGCUUAAGAGCAUUGAAUAGGAUCUCUGGAGUUUUUGAGAUGAGUCGCGACAGGCUAAUUGCAGCUAGUUAUAGUUCCUCCCUAGCCAUUGAGAGUUCCCUUCUCACCACACUAGUCCGACCACAAACGCUAAAUCAUAUUAUGAGGAACCUAGGUUACAAUAUUGAGAACCACCAGACAACUCAUCCACAACACAUCAUGGCUGAGAGCUCACAUUCCCGAACCACAAGACAUUAUAACGGCCCCCCAAAACCUAAUGGUCCUUACCGUCCUUAUGUACCAGAGUUGGUGCCCCCAAGGGAUUAUCAUAACCGGCCCCAGAAAUUAAAAGGUCCUUAUGUACCAGUGUUGGAGUCCCCAAAGAAUUAUAGCGGCCAACAGAAACCAACUGGUCCUUAUGUGCGAGAGUUGGUAGACUCAUCCCCACAAGUACAUCAACAACUAAGGAAGUCAGUGCAGUCAUCCUCACAAGUAAAACGACAGAUACAGAAGCCGAUGCACUCAUCCCCACAAGUAAAACAACAAAUACAAAAGCCGGCGCACUCAUCCUCACAAGAACAACCGCUUGUACGUGAGUCUGUGCACUCAACCUCACAAGUACAAUCCCCACUUCAGAAAAAGAAGAAAGAGAAGGCACACCAAUCACCACUUCAGAAAAUGAAGCCAGAGAAUGCACCAAUGCUACAGACGUAUCAGGAAUGGAGACCAAAGAAACCAGGAAUGCAGUUAUGAUGUGACUUUGGGUGUUGAAAUAACUUUCGCUGCUGGUUUUGGUAAGGUAAAAAAUGUAGAGAACCUUUCCAGUUAUGUUUAUAAUGAUCAUUUUUUAGGAGCGAAGGUUUUUGUCAAAAUGAUUUCAAGGUUUUGGUCAUUCUCCAGCACAGAUGAGCCGUUUGGUUCGAGCAUGAUAGAUAAGUAAGAUGGAAGUUUCAUCAAGUUAUCUUGGAACAAGAGUAGUCUGAUCGCAGUGUCGAAUUAGUUUCCGAUAUUUAUUUUGAUCAGGAGAACUAGUUUCUGAUCUACCGGAAUAGCUUGAUAGUUUUCAUGCUCGGAAAGAUGUUCACUUGAUCCUGUGUACAUUCAAUUACUCAUUAUUCAAUGGAAAUGACAAGAAGAAAAUGG